UUGAAGCUGUUGGAAAUUCACUGUGUUUCUGUUAAUACCACAGUGACGUUGCUUUGGUACCUUUUUCCAAGUUGCCUUAGGAUGUAAUUAAGACUUUGCCUUAGGGCUCCUCCUUCUGCCCAUAAAUAGAAGAGCCAGACUUUCAGAGCUUAGGAAAGGGUCAGUAACUCAUCCAAAGCUAUCCUAAUUCCUACUAGUUACCAGACAUAUACCGAGAGGAAAUCAGAAUGUACUGCAACAGGAUUGAUGGACCAAGACGAGGAAGAUCAUUUGAUUCUAUGAAUUCUAACUUUGAAGAAAAGCAGUUAAAUGAGUUAAACAAAUCAUCUUAUUGCAAGGAUGAAGAUAACAAGGACAACAAAGACUAUUCAUCAGAGCGAGGAAGAGCAGCACUUGUAUUUUCAUUAAAAAACGAAGUUGGUGGACUUGUAAAGGCCCUCAGACUUUUUCAGGAAAAGCAUGUGAAUUUACUACACAUUGAAUCCCGGAAAUCAAAAAGGAGGAAUUCAGAGUUUGAAAUAUUUUUGGAUUGUGAUAGUAAUAAUGAACAACUAAAUGAGAUAAUUCAACUUCUGAAGUCUCAUGUCAACGUUGUAACCAUGAACCCUGCAGAUAAGUCUUGUGUACCAGAAGAUGAUAUGGAGAAUGUGCCAUGGUUCCCAAAAAAGAUAUCAGAUCUAGAUAAAUGUGCGAACAGGGUUUUGUUGUAUGGCUCAGAUCUAGAUGCAGACCAUCCGGGUUUUAAAGACAAUGUAUAUCGCAAAAGAAGAAAAUACUUUGCAGAUCUUGCAAUGACCUAUAAACAUGGUGACCCCAUACCAAGAAUUGAGUUCACGGAGGAAGAGAUAAAGACAUGGGGCACAGUUUUCAGGGAGCUAAAUAAACUCUAUCCAACGCAUGCAUGCAGGGAAUAUAUCCAACAUUUGCCUUUACUCAUGAAACACUCUGGUUUUCGAGAAGACAACAUUCCUCAACUAGAAGAUGUCUCUAAUUUCCUCAAAGAACAAACUGGCUUCAUUAUACGUCCAGUUGCAGGAUACCUUUCACCUAGGGAUUUUCUUGCUGGACUGGCUUUCAGAGUUUUCCACUGUACUCAGUAUGUCAGACAUAGCUCAGAGCCUCUCUACACACCAGAACCAGAUACUUGUCAUGAGCUGUUAGGACACGUUCCCUUAUUGGCUGAACCUAGUUUUGCUCAAUUCUCACAAGAAAUUGGAUUGGCUUCACUUGGAGCAUCAGAUGAAGCAGUUCUUAAACUUGCUACUUGCUACUUUUUUACUGUGGAAUUCGGUCUCUGCAAACAGGACGGACAGUUGCGGGCAUAUGGGGCAGGACUACUGUCUUCAAUUAGUGAGCUCAAGCAUGCACUUUCAGAUAAUGCCAAUGUGAAACCCUUUGAUCCUGAAAUCACAUGUAAGCAGGAAUGUAUCAUCACAACCUUCCAGGAUGUGUAUUUCUUUUCAGAAAGUUUUGAAGAAGCCAAAGAAAAAAUGAGGGAAUUUGCAAAAACAAUUAAGAGGCCAUUCAGUGUCCGCUACAACCCUUAUACACAAAGUGUGGAUAUCCUAAAGGAUACAAAAAGCAUUACUAAUGUGGUAAAGGAACUUCGUCAUGAACUAGACAUUAUCAGCGAUGCACUCAACAGAAUGAACAAGCAUUUGGGUGUGUGAAAACAUGCUCAUUUAGAAAAGAAUAUCUCAUUUGUGUUUAUAAUUGAAAUAUGUUAAAGUGUACAGCAUAAACUUCAGCAGCUACUGUUACCUCUAGCUCAGAUUUGAAAAAAUAAACUUGUCUUUUAAAAAAUUGAAAAACGCAUUACAGAAAACAACUGAAGUGAUUUCAAAUAUUUCGAAAGAGAAGAAAGACCAACAAUGAUACUGUUUUCAUCUUCUUUCACAUUCAGUAACUUGGUUACAUUUUCUGCUAGCUGAUUAAUGCAUAUUUUGUUGCAGCAUACACUUUAUAGACUCUUGAAAUAUUACUGCUAACCCCUCGGCAUCAUAUCAAUUUCACUUGUAAAAAAUUAAAAUGAUUUGUGCCUCACCACCGAAAUACUAUAUUUUAGUUUGUGGAAAUCAUAACACUGCAUGAUCAAUUUCAUCUUCACAAGGGUUGAUACAGCUUUAAAAGUAUACAAGAUAAUAAAGAUGUUUCUAUUAAUGUGUCUUAAUUUAAAUAAUUAAAAAAUUAAACACUGUAAUUGUAUGUGCAGAUUAUCUCAAGUGCAAAUGUGAACAAAUACAUUAAAUGCAAUUAUCUGUACUGCUGAUUUGCAUUCAUAUCCAGGCCAUGAUGCUAUUUACAAGGUUUGUCAAAUAUACUAAAUGUCAAUAUGGGCAGCCUGCUUAGUCUACAAAGUAUGUGUCCUCCAUAUUAUUUAAACUGAAAGUAACUGCACCUUGGUUUAAUUAUGGUUUCUUAUUAUCAUAUCUAGUGUAUCACAAACAAUCUGCAUUUUACAUAGUAAAUUAUUACACAGUACAAUGUGGAGACUAUACAGAGCUAAUAAUGAAUAUGAAAAACACAUUAUACUUAUUUUGCCAGUACAAUCAAAAUAAUUUCAGAAAGAGAGUAGACUCCUUUUCAAAUAUGGAUGUCUUCUAAAAGUUAUAUCUUGCAGUUUUGAUUCUUGUUUUAUUUUAAAAAUAUUAAAAGAAGGAUCCAGUGUGUGCAUAUAGAACGUUUGACAUUAUAAACUGCUUGCAUUAACAGCAAAUGUUUUGUAUGGAUUUCAUUUUUGCCAUCUAGGUAGAGUUUGCAAGCAUUCUAAGUUGUUAUAUAUUGUGUUUUGGCGCUGUAGUAGUGACUGUUUAUUUUCUCAUGACAAUUAUAUGGCUAUCACUGGUAAAAAUAUUAAACAGUUGUCUUAUUAUAAAGCCUCAUGUGUACUGUUAAAGCCCUUUCAACAGAGAAGUAGUAUAUACUAUCUGUUAAAAGCCAGAAAGUUAUUUUAAUGAUAAUGUGAAAUGGCAUAAUUAGCAGAAUUUGCAGACAUGGCCUACAGAUACAUCCCAUCCCUUCCAGUUCUGAUGCAGUCCUCAUCAUUUAGUAUGACAGACAUGAUUCUGUUACCCACAACCUCAGCAAGAACAGGCACAUCUGGACAUGCAUGACCCAGGUGUGUCCAAAUCUCCCAUGUGCAGCAGGUGUGACACUAUUACUGGAGGAAAACACCAUGUUGUAGCCACAGCUUUUGAAAUCAGGCAGUAACAUCUCUACAGUCUGUCUGGCAUGUACUGUGUUGCUGUGCGUGUGUGUGGCUGAAUAAAGUGCUGACAUGGCUGAUUCCACACCCUUAGCUGUUUAGUCACAUGGUUGUUCUGCACUGGCUAAGAGUAAACAAAAUUACUUUAUAGCACACUUCUCUUGAGACUGAUUUCAUGAUAAUUUGAAAUCUGAUUAUUUCAAUGUCAGAAAAUAUGAAAUGUGGGUAUAAGAAGGUAUAGAAUUGUUUACAAAACAUUUUUAACUAAACUUUGUCAUGUCCUUGAUUCGAAUUGGUUGACUUGCUGAAAGGUUGCCAUAAUGAUCCUGAUAAAGGUUAUUAAUAUACACCUCCUUCAAGACUCAAUGACCCAUAACUUACAAAUAAACUGUGAAGGCUGCAUGACUGAAGCUACCAUACAGAAUAAGAGAAGAAAUAUAUCUUAAUAUAUGAAAAAGAGGAAAGCUACUGGGAAGUGCUUUUCAGAACUGUGGAAGCAUUUGAACCAACACUACUAUGUAAAUCAACAGCAUGGAAACAGAGUGUAUGGCCUGACAUGCUGAUGUGGUUUAACUGAAAUUCUGAAUUUAAACAAAUGUUCCAACCUACAAAUGUAUCUAACAACAUGUACGUAUACUGAGUAACAGUAACUCAGUAAAUAAAGAAGAAGCAGUUUCAUCCGCAAGAUGCAACAAACAUUUAAAAAACCUUGCACAAAAAUGAGUCCUCACCCACAUCUUCAUGUAUUUGCAUAAUGUGAGAAGCUCUGAUGAAUAAUGUAUUACUGCAUUCCGAAAGAAACAAAAACUGGCAACUUGUUGGCAAAAAAUCAAAAAGUUCAAA